ACACCACUCGGCCGGCCCAACAAUUUAUUAGUUUUCAUGACUCUGUGGGUUGACUAGGCUCAGCGAGGAGGUUUUACUGCUUCAUGUGUUGUUAGCUGGGGUCAAUCACCCAGUAGCACCCCACUGGAGCUGAGCUGGGGCUGGAACAGCCAAGACGGUUUCACUCAUAUGUCUGGCAAUUGGUGCUGAUGGUUGUCUGGGAAACCACUGUUUUCCACUGGAUCCUCCAGGGCCUCUCUGCCUCACCAUGUGGCCUUUCCGCAGGACAGUCCAGACUUCUCUACAUUGUAGCUGGCUCCCAAGAGAGCAAAAAUGGAAUCUGCAAGUCCCCUUAAGGCUUAAGCUUGGAAAUCAUAUAGCAUCACUUCUACAGCCUUCUAUUAGUCAAAGCAAGACACUGGGUCAACUCAAAUUCAGCUCCACCUCUGGAUGGGAGAAGUGUCAAAGUCACACUGCCAAAGGGCAGGCAGGAUGGGAGAAAGUUUGAGGUCGUCUAUGUAAACAAUCUACCACGCCCAGAGAAGGGCAAGUUUAAACAUACUUCCCCAAUCUGAAAACUUUUGUUGUUGUUAUCUCCCGCUUCCUCACACACAAGGUUUGGUUAGUUCCUCCCAGGACAUGGAGGAGUCUGGGAAGGUCCCUGCAUUCUGUACCUCUUCCCAUGGCGACGCUGUCCAGGCUAAGCCAGUAUUUCUUCUGCUGCUCCCACCCACCUGUGCACACUUCUAGGCUCACACAGAGAUGCCCCUUGCCUGCUUCCUGGACUGUGCCUUGGGAUGGGUGGCAUUAGUGUUUGCACUCCAGGCUCUCCAACAAGGGGGACAAUGCCCUUAAAUUCCAGGAUGGUGGUGCAAGAGUCUUUGAUUCCGAGGCUCCUUUCCUACCCUCCUUCCACCCAGCCACUUUAUAGCCUGUAACGAACCACCCGAAGCUUGGCAGGUGGGACCCGGGAGUGCGCGCCCCCUGCUGGCCAUCGAGGGCCCAGCAAGAACUCAGGUUCAGAGUCCCCGGGAGUCUCUCUGUUCUGGGUCCUCCUCCAGAAACAGGGGAGUCUGGUCUUGCCACGGACUUCAAGGGCCCUUCUGCCUUGGUGGUGAAGAGCUGCCGGGCUGGGCCCUCCACUGUGCGCCUGGGCAGGAGCGGGCUCCUCCUCACGGACGGAGCUGUCCAUCCACUACCUCUUCCCCCACCACGGGAUGGACUAGCAUUUGAGGAAAAGAUCCUGGCAUCGGAGAGGAAAGAGGGGGUUAGCUUAGGGGCGCGGGGCGGCUAGCUUUUCAUUUGUUACUUUGGGAUUCACCAUCUUGGUAAGAAAAAGUUGUCAGGCCUCCCCUCUGUCGGUGCCCUCGAGCGCCUGCGAAGAACACCAUCCGGGCAAAUGAACACCACGAAUCUGCAGCAGCCCGUAGGCUCCGCUUCAGGCUCCCUCUACCUGAGAGCCGAAGAGGCCAACCCCCCCACCCCGCCCCAUUCACUUCGGGCGUGGGGCGGUCUGGGAAGGAGGGCUCAGCUGUCCCCCGUUACACAUUCAACAGCUACACACCCGCAUCCGAGAGGGCGAGUGUGGCACCCCCGCCCCCCACCCCUCCCUCCCGCCGGCUCGCAAGCCUACGCUCCUCGCCGCUGCCCGCCCCCUUCUCACAGCCCGGACGCGCCUCCCUCCAGCAGCCCGGCCGGGAGAGCUCCGCGUCUCCGCCGCUACCCACUCUGGACCGGCUGGGUCACAGCCGAAGCAUGGAGUCCGGGGAGCCCCCGGAGCCCCGCGAACCCGGGCCGGGGGCAGAGACCGCCGCGGUCCCGCGUUGGGAGGAAGCCAAGACUUUCUACGACAACCUCACGCCCAAGAAGAAACCCAAAUCGCCCAAGCCUCAGAAUGCAGUCACCAUUGCUGUGUCCUCCCGAGCCUUGUUCCGCAUGGACGAGGAGCAGCGGAUCUACACGGAGCAGGGUGUGGAGGAGUACGUGCGGUACCAGCUAGAACAUGAGAACGAACCCUUUAGCCCGGGGCCUGCCUUCCCCUUCGUGAAGGCUCUGGAGUCUGUGAACAAGCAGCUGCGGGAGCUAUACCCUGACAGUGAAGACAUCUUCGACAUCGUCCUUGUCACCAACAACCACGCUCAAGUGGGUGUCCGUCUCAUCAACAGCAUCAACCACUAUGACCUGUUCAUCGAGAGGUUCUGCAUGACAGGUGGGAAUAGCCCCAUCUGCUACCUCAAGGCCUAUCACACUAACCUCUACUUGUCAGCUGAUGCGGAAAAAGUUCGGGAAGCCAUUGAUGAAGGGAUCGCAGCCGCCACCGUCUUCAGCCCCAGCAGGGACGUGGCCGUAUCCCAGAGUCAGCUCCGUGUGGCUUUCGAUGGGGACGCCGUGCUUUUCUCAGACGAGUCAGAGCGCAUCGUCAAGGCCCAUGGGCUGGACAGAUUCUUCGAGCAUGAGAAGGCCCAUGAGAACAAACCCUUGGCCCAGGGACCCUUGAAGGGCUUUCUGGAGGCACUAGGCAGGCUGCAGAAGAAGUUCUACUCCAAGGGCCUGCGGCUGGAGUGCCCAAUCCGCACCUACUUGGUGACAGCGCGCAGUGCAGCCAGCUCUGGGGCCCGGGCUCUCAAGACACUGCGCAGCUGGGGCCUGGAGACAGAUGAGGCCUUGUUUCUUGCGGGAGCACCCAAGGGCCCUCUUCUCGAGAAGAUCCGCCCACAUAUCUUCUUUGAUGACCAGAUGUUCCAUGUGGCUGGGGCUCAGGAGAUGGGCACAGUGGCCGCCCAUGUGCCGUACGGCGUGGCACAGACCCCCCGGCGGACUGUACCUAUGAAGCAGGCCCCAGCUGCACAGUAAUGGAGCCACCAGCUUCGCGGACCCACAGUGCUCCAGGCACAGCCCCCUGUCAUACUUUGACACGUCAUCCAGUGGACCCUUCUCGUUCCUCACCACUCUGCCCUGCUGCAUGUCUGCCCUCAUCUCUAUGAGCGAGGUGCUCGUAGGCAAUUAUGCAGACUGGGCCAGCCUACUCAUCAGCCCUCCUUCUGGGCCAACACUGUGCCAUGAUCCUGGCUAGGAAAGUAAGACUGUGCAGAAUGGCUGGAUUGCAGGGGGGAAGUUGAUGGGACUGCAGGUGGGAGGGUCAGAGGAGCCAGGAUGUCUCAUAGGGGGUUUGGGGUGAAAACGAGCUGAGUAUAGUGCAAAGAACGCUGCUUUGAGAGAGAAGGGACCUCAUCUCUAAGCUCUGGCUUGGCGUUAACUGCAUGAUUUUGAGUAAGUCCCUCCCCUUCACAGGCCUCAGUUUCAUCUUUUAGGUGGUUUUCAAACUCUCCUUUAGCUAAAGAGGUUUGUUUUUUUAAGACUGCCCUCUUUGAAGGAAGCGUGCUAUGCCAGAGCUGCUGGUCUAUACGGCACCUUUGUGCAGACUACAGAAGGACACUGUCUCUAGAAUGAAUUAUGAAAAGAAGGCCUUUCCUCGGGGCUGAUCCAGACCACGCUGGGGUACACAGCUUGCUUAGCAGGAUGUAAGUGGAAUUGCAGCCCCUACCGACUCCUCAGUCCACAGAGGCCUUUGUCAAAUGGGCAAAAGGCACAGUUGUCCACAGCAUCCCUACCUACAAUUUUACAAGUUUGGAAACCACUGGACAAGAUGACCCAUCUGCUUCCUGUGAUCCUCUAAUCUGAGUCACCAAGGGUCAGCUGCGAAUGGGGGUGGUCUAUAAAAGGAAUGAGGGAGUUCAUUUAACCCAAACGCAAACUCCUGGUCCAGCCAGCAGGGGGCACUGAAGGCCCUUCCUGGGAAGGAGCUUCAGGGGCAGCCUGCUCAGAGCUCCCUUUGCUUUUGCUUUUAGCCAAAUUUCAGUUGUUCCUGCCUGCCAACCCCCUUACCCCAACCUUCACUUCCUCAAUUAUUGUAUCCUGCUGUGUCACCAAGCAAGCAGCUCUGCCAGUGGGGAAAGGCGGAGUAUCAGGGUUUACUGUUGUUGGCCCACGGAAUAAAGCUCAGCGACUGCAGUGGCAGUUGUCCACGCUGAGCCCGAGAGAAGGCCUGCCUGGGAUGACAUGGGAAGUGUGAAGACGAGGAGGUCUGGUCUGAGGCAGUGACCACUUAGAGAAGAAGGAGCUGAAAUGUGCACUCGAAGAUCCUCCCGGUAUGGGAUCGAGAGUGGAGGUAGCGAGUUCUCCAUCACCGAGCUGCUGUGCAAGGGACGCCCUCUGAGAUAGACCUGUGAACCCUCCACCCUUUCAGGAACCCCUGCAGCCCCUUCGUCUCCACUUCCAGGGUAGAACUCUCACUGCUUGAGGAGUCAGCUUCCUCCUUCGCUGACCAGCCUGGCUCUCUCUCAAGGGAUGGUGGGGCACGGAUGGCUGGUCCCUCAGGAAGACCCAGAGGGCUGAGCAGACAUCUGUAUGGGGGGCUCGGCUCCAGGGGAGCAUCCUACCUGUGAGCAAGUAACUUGUGAAGACAGCCAUAGGUGUCAUCAGAAGGGACAGGAGCUUGGAGGUGUGUGCAGGAGAGCUAGAACGCUUGCGAGGUCAGGCAAAAGGGACGAAGCGCCAUCCAGGGCCUGAUCUUUGUCCUUUUGAGGACUCAGCCCAGGGUAUGAAUGGGCACAGGUGCUGCGCAGUGUAGGACAGGGCCGUAAUUGCAGAAAGAUCAUGCAGAAAGUGUCCUACACUGCAAUUACGUAAUUGCAGAAAGGAGGGAGAAAAAGUGAGAAAACAGAGGUGGUUCUGGAAAUGAGCAAUAGUUGAGACCAGAAUUGAAGUGCUGGGCUGGGCUUUCUUUCACUAUCCAUAUUGGAGGCCACCUAGAGGCUGGUCCUUGGGAGGAAGGGCAAGGCUGUGCUGAGUGCCCGGGGCAGACGCCCAGCACUGACUGCCUUAUCAGAAAAAGAGCGGGUGAUGAAGAUAUGUUUGUACAAGGUUAUUUCCAUCCACAGCCAGGAUCUUUCAGGACCACAGAGGACGCCUCAGGGCAGAGGGCCUGGUUUUGAGCUCCAAGCCCAGCCAGAGAAACUGUGAGAUCUAAGAACAGCCUCCAGGAAAGGAAAGGAAGUGAGAAAGUGAGCUCAACCCAAGUCACCUUUUAUCUUGGCUGAACCACAGAAAUGCCUUUUGUCUCCCAUCCCCCCAACUCAGAAUCAUCCCCUUGGAUGAGCCUGCAGGGCUCUCAGAGCCAGCUGGUGGCCCACAGACUGGCAUUAGGCUGCGUGACCAGGGUGGACACGUGCAUUGUGAAGGCAACACCAGAUGUCGCCUAAUUAAGAUAAACCCCAGGGAUUCUGGGAACCAAGAGGUCCUGUUCCCAGGGCCUGGUGAUAAACACCACUGAUUCUUCCAGGUCUGUCAGGAAGCAGGAAAAUAGGAUGCUGGCAGCAUAAAGAUAAGGUGCAGUUAAAGCCUGGGUUUCACUGGAGCCACUGUUAAUAGACAUAGACAGCUCUGGGCAAUGAGAGACAGUAGGGUCCAAAUUCUAUUAUUGAAACCAUAAAUGAGCAUCUCAGGCCUGGAAAAAAAAGCUUUCAGAGGCUGAAAUAAAAGGCCAGAAGUCCUGCGGGCAUGCUUAGGCAGCAACCAGACACACCUGAUUGUUUCAAGGAGUGGGAAGGAGUUUUCACCAGGCAAAUUAAAAAGCCAGGUGAGCAUCAAAGCCCCAGGCCCAACUUGUUCUGCAGCACUGGGGCAGAGGGACCAUAGCUCUUGACAUGCUGGACCCCCGUAGCCAAAAGUAUUGCACCCCAACAAGUCCUGCUGAACACGUCCCAGAAAAUGCUUGCCAAGAAAGUCCCCGAUCCAAUGGAAACUUCCACUUACCAGAAAAGCAGAAGUCCUGUUAUUAUGCACUGAGACUGCUAAGAUCAUUGCAAAAUAGCCCUCUCCCCUCCCUGAGAGUCCAACCAGAAUGGUGGGGAUGCAGCGAAAAAUGCCAGAAGAAACCAAAACCAGCAAGAAGUUCAAAUCCAAGAUGGAUCCGUCAUUAUAAUGAUCUUCAACUGGUAUGCACCGGUACAGCCAAACUGGUGCUUAAAAUAUUGAAAUAUCUCCAUAGCAAUUGGCAAAUAGCUCUGGCCUGAGUCCCUCAGUGCCCCUCAAUGACCUCGGUUGCCCUGGCCCCUCUGCUGUGACUGCUGCAUCUCCCCACAAUCCAGUAAAAGGGUCUUCUAGGAGGCUGCACCAGCAUGAUGGCCAGUGUCCCCUGUUAGGUGGUGCCCGUGCUGGCUUAGAGAGCUAAAGCAACUUGACCAGUCACAUAGCUAGUAAGUGGCAGCACGGGGACUCAAGCGCACGUCUGGCUUUUGCUGGGACCCAGGCUCUUAACCGUUUUUCCAUAUGGCCCAUACAUGUGCAUAGAGGUGGCAAUAGAGGCUUCGUAACAAAGGAGUUCACCUCCCUGCAUGUUAAAAUGCUAUAAUACAUUUGACUGAGUACAUUUUUGUUAUAGCUUCCUAAAUAGCUAAGAAGAAUUCAAAUUAGAGCCAAACAUUUGCAGAGCCAAUGAAGAACCUCAGACACCCCCAAGUUCUAUGGAACCCAGUUGGAAGGCCCUGAAUUGGGCUAAUGCAGGGUUGGCAAACUAUGGUUCGUGGGGCCAAAUUGAAACUUUGAUUGGAACACAGCCAUGCCCAUUUGUUGAUGUAUGUCUACAGCUGCUUUCACACCACCACAGCAGAGGUGAAUUGUUUUAACAGAGAUUGUGGCGUUGAAAAUACAGAGGGUGCCAGAAACAUGUAUACACAUUUUAAGAAAGGAAAAAACUGUAAUAAAUUUGUAAUACU